CAGCAGCGGCGAGGCCCCAGAAGCCCAUCCCGGGAAGGAAAAUGCGCUGUGGACCCCUGUACCAAUUCCUGUGGCUUUGGCCCUAUCUGUCCUACAUGGAGGCUGUGCCCAUCCGCAAGGUCCAGGAUGACACCAAAACCCUCAUCAAGACGAUUGUCACCAGGAUCAAUGACAUCUCACACACGCAGUCCGUCUCCUCCAAACAGAGGGUCACUGGUUUGGACUUCAUCCCUGGGCUCCACCCUCUCCUGAGUUUGUCCAAGAUGGACCAGACACUGGCGAUCUACCAACAGAUCCUCACCAGUCUGCCUUCCAGAAAUGUGAUCCAAAUAUCUAAUGACCUGGAGAACCUCCGGGACCUUCUCCACCUGCUGGCCGCCUCCAAAAGCUGCCCCUUGCCGCAGGUCAGGGCCCUGGAGAGCUUGGAGAGCCUGGGCGUCGUCCUGGAAGCCUCCCUUUACUCCACCGAGGUGGUGGCCCUGAGCCGGCUGCAGGGGUCUCUACAGGACAUGUUGAGGCAGCUGGACCUCAGCCCUGGGUGCUGAAGCCUUGAAGGGCUCUCUUCCCAAAGUCCAGGGAAGAAACCUGAGCUUCUGGCUGUCUGCAGGAGGAGAGAGCCUGUGUGGGCAUCCUUUAUGCAGGCCAGCGGGCCAUUUCUCUCUCGCUCCUCUCAGCUGCUCUUCCAGAGGCAGAAAACUGCAAGGCAGGAAACCAAAGAUAUAAAUACAGGUUCCAUGCCCACCGGGAAGGGGGGUCCAUCCAGCAAACAGUAGACCAGAGCUGGGAUUUUCACAGCAGUCUUCCUCCCUGUUCCAGCUCCCUCUCACUGCAUGCUUCAGCAUGACCUGGGGUGAUUUCAGAGCCUUUGAACCAUCAAGCAAGAUUCCCUCUGAGAAUCCAGGGAGCAUCAUGAAGGCUACGGGCACAUACAGCUGGAUAUUCCCACAUAACACAUGACGGAAGCAUCUAUUUAUUUAUUAUGCAUUUUAUUCUGGAUGAAUUUGAAGCAAAACACCAGCUUUUCCAGGCUCUUUGGGGUCAGCUGGGGUGAGGGAUGCUACUGGGGUGCCCAUCGACAGGCCUCGCCAAGGCAAACCCAUUUUGAGUGACUUGAGGGCUCUCGAAUUUGUUCUCCGGGGACUGGCUUUGUUUCUACUGUGACUGACUUUAAAUUACAGUGUUUGCAAUGGCAUUGCUCUGAACGGAUCUCGAAGGACCAAGUUAUUUUAAAAAGAAGAAGAUGAGUUUUGUCAAGUGUAAUAUAUUGCUGGGUAUACCUGGAGGUGGGAAAUGUGUUGAUGGGAGGGGGGAAGAUCUAGAAUGUGUUUUCUGAAUAACAUUUGUGUGAUGGACUCUUUGGAUGGGGUGAGGUCAUCUUCUCAUCUUUGUGGUUUUCAUGAAGAGGAGAUGACUUCUUUGGGGGGAUGUGGGGGUUUGCCAACCAUCCAUGGAUGGAGUGGUGGGGGUACUGAAGCCGAAGACCGUCAGGGUAGUGGUGAGCUCUGGCCUUCUCUGACUGUUAGAGAGUGGUCUUGCUCAUCAGGAAGUGAGGGCCCCACAUCGGAGAUGGUGAUCCCCAAAGCAGGGGUCCUCAGUGUGAAUGGUCUGGGUUGACCCCGCAUUGUGUUGAUAACAUGGUAGUGACCUUCUUUGGGAUUUGCAUACUCACCCAAAGCAAGGCCAUGUUUCCCAUCCAUUUGGGAAGGAUUUUUAUUCCAGUGGGAGAGGGAAGUCUUCAGGAAGUCUGUGGGCUUCAGGGGAUGGUCCCUAGACCUGGGUCAGCAAUGGGUCAGUUGAGGCCCAAGACCCCAGGACCAGCCUCCAGGAUCCUCCUUCUCACUAGUGGUCAUGUGCAGUAGAACAAAGGAGGAGGCUUGGGUUUCCCACCAUCCUGCCAUUGUGAUGCAGCCAUCACACAACAGGAGGUGGAUCAGUCGGAGGGAAUUGGAAUCUAAGCAACCAAUUUUAAGACUGAGCACCUACUUGUGCUCAGCCCCAACUGGUGCUAUGGGCUGAGAAGCUCACCAAAUAAAUAUUAAAAUGCAAGCCCUGCCCUCAGGGACCUUGCAUUUCAGAUGGUAGAAUCCCACUCACCAGCAUGCAAAGGCUGCCAUUUCACCAUGGCAACGGAGCAGCUGAGACAGUGCAGUCCUCAGCAGGUGGGAAAUGCUGAGCUGUGGAGGGCAGUGCCCAGGGGCCCACAGGCUAACUGUGCUUGCACUAGGUAGCAUUUUUACUUUUCAGGGCACGUCAGCAUCUAUUACUGUGAUGCCACAUCCCUUUGAAGCGGGAUAGCUAAGAAUUUAGUAAGAAGAAAAUACCUAAGACCAUAACAGCAGGCAGGGGGCAGGACCAAGACUAGAAUCCAGGCCCUCUGACCUCCAGAGUGUCCCUUGAGCCAGGUGGUAGUCUCUGGAGACGUGAACAAGAAGGGCAGGGAGAGCAGGAGUGUUUGCUGGAAGAGAGGCGUCCUGAGGCCAGUUUUGCAGGCGAAGAGGGAAGUGAAUUGCCUGGAGGGAGGAGGCUGUUUUGUUUGAAGCUUCGGUGUGGUCUGAGACACCGAGGGGAGGUGAUAGGGUGGGCAGCUAGUUACAAAGAAAGGCAGAGAAAGGAAAGAUGGGAGGGAAGAGUUAUGCUGAAGAGGAAUUCAGGGGCAAAGAUGUUUGCUACUGAAACAUAUAAGGGUGAAAGUUCUAGAAUGAGACUCAUGUGAUGGGCAGAGUCAGAUCUGCUCGAGAAGACAUGUCCUGAUGAUCACAGUCCAGUCAGGCCGGGAUGUUUUAAGCUUUUUGCUCACAAAACCUGGCAUGGCACUAGGGCUCGUUCCCAGAGUGCGAAACUUCCAAAAUGUAAACGAUUGUGUUUUUCUGUAACUUAAAACAAUUGUUUUUGUUCCAAAAAGUCCAAAUAAAUGACCUUUGCCCCUUG